AUGUCUGCAACACACAUUUUAGUGACCUUAUCCUUUAUUUUCACAACAGCAGCCGGCCUCAAGUGCCAUAUUGUACCAAGCGGCAACAUCUCCAAUCCCGUAAAUUCGUCUCCUGAGGUUUGAAUUAAACUUCAAAAAUAAAUAAGGUAGGUCAAAAAGAGGCCGACUUCUCACACGGGAGUAAGAAACUAUCCUUCAUUCUGAAAUUUUGAAAAAAAAAAAGCCGAGAUAGUUGGCACAUGUUCGCUCCAUAGUUAAUGAUUCAAUUUAAUUUUUCUUAGAACUUCUUCUUUGAAAAUGAUCCCUUUGGAGUUGGAAAGUUCCAAAAAAGCCGAAAAUAUUCAGGAAUGUCCGUUGGGCUCUCUGGCUUGCGUGAAAAUCGUUGACUAUACUCACUUGAUAUACACCAAACAGUGCCAGCCAGCCAACUGCACGGUAUUUUUUCCUUUCGAAAAAUUCCCCUACUUUUUUUUCCAGUCCACAACUAUCACGCCAGCACCUGCCAACUGCUUCAACACUUCCAGUAAUGGCGUGAUUUUAGCCACAUGUUGUUGCUACGGUGAUGGGCAAGUUUUCAACUCGACUUUUAGCCUAUGAGAAACUCAAAUGUCUGCCUUUAGAACGGAAAUUGGAUUGAAAGACGAAAAAGUACGGAAAAAGGAUUGUUUUUUUAUGAUAGCUUUUUGAGACCGUAAGAACUGAAAACUUUGAAAACAUUUUCGAGAAGAAGCUCUGAUUCCCUGGAAAACUUUUCAUGAAAUUUUAUUCCGUUUUCUGUGCUUUUUCUGUCUUGUACGACUUUUUUUUGUCCCUUGACUGAAUCGUUUUGCUAAAUGAAUGUAAAUGAUCUACUCAAUCCAAUUUAUUUAUACUCAGUAUAUUUUCAGGUGCAACUCGACGCCAACCGUUCCCCUCCACUUUCUUCUCGCCAUAGUUCCUCUAAUCAGUCUUAG